AUGUGGUCACAUACUAGGAAAUGUGGUAGUCAUGCGUUACACGCAGAAUCUGAUCCCAAGCUAGCUAAGUUGAAUAGGGAUAAUGUAAGUGGAGCAGCAACAUACCAUAAUUAUAACCGGAAGAGGUGUGAUGAUAGGUGCAUAGAUAUGAUUAUCAAGGAUGAACUUCCUUUUGGGCAUGUAGAGAAAGAAGGAUUUCAAGCUUUCUGUAAAGAAUUGGAGCCUCAAUGGCCUGGAGUGAACAGAAAUGACUGGAAAUUGCACAAAAGGAUUAUAAACUUUUGUACAAUUACUAGUCAUAAGGGAGAGGAGAUUGGAAGGGUAUUAGAGUUGUGUUUGCAGCAGUGGGAGAUUACUGAAGUGUUUACCAUCACGGUAGACAAUGCUAGCGCUAAUGAUUUGGCUGUGGCAUACAUGAUGAGAAGGUUGAGGGGUUAUAAGACUUUGAUAUUUGGGGGACAGUUUCUACAUUUAAGCGCAAAUGCCAAUGUUCCAUUAGAUGUAAUCACAAGAUGGAACAGCACAUAUCUCAUGCUUGAAGCUGCACUCAAGUAUGAGACUGUGUUUGGAAGAAUGGCUGAAGAAGAUAGUCAGUUUCAAGCAUAUUUCGAAGAAACUAACAAAAAUGGCAAGAGCAGGGUUGGAGCCCCAUCUAAUGGGGACUGGAGGAAUGCACAAGCCUUUUGCUUGUUCUUGAAGAAGUUUUAUGAAGCUACUGUGAAGCUUAGUGCUUGGAAAAAAAUCAUUGCAAAUAUAUUAUUUGUUGAAAUGAUAACUUUGCAAACUGAGAUUGACAAGGCCAUGAAUGCAGAAGAUGAAGUUUUAAAGAGGGUUGCUACUUCAAUGAAGACCAAGUUCAACAAAUAUUAA